AAGUAAGAUUAAGAUACUUGGGUGCCCAAGAAAGUUUUAAGGGAUCAAAAAAAAAAAAAGAUUAAGAGACUGAAGGAAGGUUAAUGGGCCAAAAGAAGAGAUUUUCAAUGCCCUAGCAAGGAAUUAUAAGGAUUCAAGCAUUUGAAAAAGUUUUGAAAACGAAAUAGUAUUUACUCCAAGAAAAGACGGACUUAAGACCCCAAAACCCACCAAUAAGCCUUGUACAAGUAGGAACGAGAGAAGUCUCUAAAAUACCACCUUGAAGGAACAAGGUUGAUUAUGUCAAAACUUGUUGGGUACAAGGAAGGAAAUAUGCUCCAAGAUAUAAGGAAAAACACAAGAAUGACCAAGAAAGACUUAAGUACAUGACCUUAAGGGAGGACAAGAUGCCACAAGGGAAAAUUAGAAAAAUAUGUCGAAGAAGGAAAAAUCGAUGCAAGGACCCUCAAGAAACUUUGAAGGACAUAAUUAAGACCAAGUACUCUCCCAAUGCAUGGUAAUAAAAGUGAACUUUCAAGGACAAAAGUUUUUAUGAGGGGGGAAUUUGUAAGAGCCCAAGUAAAAUUAAGAUACUCGGGUUAGUUUAAGGUACCCAUUAAAGUUUUAAGGGAUCCAAAAAAAGAAUUAAGAGACCGAAGGAAGGUUAAUGGGCCAAAGAAUGAAGGUUAAUGGGCCAAAGAAUGAUUUUUUCGAUGAUUUUUUCAAUGCCCUAGCAAGGAAUUAUAAGGAUUCAAGCCUUUGAAAAAGGUUUUAAAAAGAAAUAGUAUUUACUCCAAGAAAAGACGGACUUAAGACUCGAAAACCCACCAAUAAGCCAUGUACAAGAAGGAACAAGAGACGUCUCUAAAAUACAACCUUGAAGGAAAAAGGUUGAUUAUGUCACAACUUGUUGGGUACAAGGAAGGAAAUAUGCUCCAAAGAUAUAAGGAAAAACACAAGGAUGGCCAAAAAAGACUUAAGUACAUGGCCUUAAGGCAGAACAAAACACCACAGGGGCAAAUUAGAAAAAUAUGUCGAAGAAGGAGAAAUCGAUGCAAGGACCCUCAAGGAACUUGGAAGGACAUAACUAAGACCAAGUACUCCCCUAAUGCAUGGUAAGAAAAGUUAACUUUUGAGGACGAAUGUUUUUAACUGGGGGAGAAUUUGUAAGAGCCCAAGUAAGAUUAAGAUACUUGGUAUGUUUAAGGUACCCGAGAGGGUUUUAAUGGAUCUAAAAAAAGGAUUAAGAGAGUGUAAAUGGGCCAAAGGAAGACAGAAUUCCGCUCAUUAAAUUAAAAGGGCUAUCUGCCAUUGGCAAGGAUAUCAUGUGUGGCAAAGAGGCUGCUGAUCAGUAAACUUAACCUUCAGUUAUCAUUGUGCAAGAUGUUUUCUCUGACUGAAUAUAAUGAGGCUAAAGAAUGAGUCAUCAAGCUGGUCUAGUGAUCAUUGGCAUAUCUGUUGGUUUGGCACUUGGAAUUUUAAUUGCUAUCCUGGUAUUUAUCAGAUGGUACCGAAAGAAUGCAUAUCUUCAGCGAAGUACAGAUGAACGGAGUUUAGAAAAUAUUCAGAUUCGAACGAAUGGCUCGAAUGCAAGUACUGAAUUUAGUGCAUCUCUUUCUGGUUCCAUUGCUUUUCGGGGAUCUGAAACGCUUCAUAACGGUUCCUGGUCGCCUUGGAGGAGUCAUCACCACAAAGACAUAGUUGCUUCAGCAUCCGGUGUUCUGAAGUACCCUUACAAGGAUAUUCAGAAGGCUACAGAGAACUUCACUACGCUUUUGGGACAAGGGUCAUAUGGUCCAGUUUAUAAAGCAAAGAUGGCCAAUGGAGCAGUUCUAGCUGUUAAGGUGCUUGCUUCAGACUCCAAGCAGGGUGAAAAAGAGUUUCAAACGGAGGUAAGUCUACUAGGAAGAUUGCAUCAUCGUAAUCUUGUGAAUUUGAUGGGGUACUGCAUUGAUAAAGGAAGCCAUAUGCUAAUUUAUGAGUUCAUGAGUAAUGGAAGUUUGGACGAUCUUCUUUACAAUUCAGAAAAUCGUGUCUUGAGUUGGGACGAGAGGCUACAGAUUGCUCUUGAUAUCUGUCACGGAGUCGAGUACCUUCAUGAAGGGGCUGUUCCGCCAGUCAUACAUCGUGAUUUGAAGUCUGCCAAUAUACUGUUGGAUCAUACAAUGAGAGCUAAGGUUGCUGAUUUUGGGCUAUCAAAGGAAGAAGUUUUUGAUGGCCGGAAUUCUGGUCUGAAGGGUACAUACGGCUACAUAGACCCGGCAUACAUGGCUACGAACAAGUUCACGAUGAAGAGCGACAUCUAUAGUUUCGGCAUAAUCAUUUUUGAACUAAUCACAGCCAUUCAUCCACACCAAAAUUUAGUGGAUUAUAUCAAUCUCGCUGGAAUGAGCCCUGAUGGGAUUGAUGAGAUAAUUGAUAAGCAACUAGGUGGAGAAUACAACCUUGAAGAAGCAAGAAAGCUAGCUGAAAUUGGUCAUAGAUGCUUGCAUAAUGUUCCGAGAAAACGACCUUUAAUUAGCGAAGUUUCGCAGGCGAUAUUGAAGAUAAAGCAGAGGCGACUCGGGAAAGUUAAUAACAUGUCUUUUGCUAGCAUAGAUCUUACUAGAGCAGUGAGCAGAAUUGAGGAACAACAGGUGGAAUUGGGUAGGAUUGCUGGCCUAGCGUGAAUCAUUUCUAAUGAUUUUAGAUGUUUUUCUUUUGGCUUUCCUCAAUCUUUGUUAUACGUUCUUCCAUUUCCCCCUCUUAAAGAAAAAGAAAUCAUUGUUGUGUUGAACCUGUGGCUUUCAUUUUGCCCCCUUUGCUUAAUAACUUAGGUGGGUGAUACAGAUUUUUGUUAUACAAAAACCAUGUAGUAUAUUCACU